UCAUAAUGAGCCUUCUUGCUUUACUCAUAGGUGGGAAACUACCUCCGUAUGUUCCGAGGUUCUCUGUACAAGAGAUAUCCCUCACUCUGGAGGCGACUAGCCACUGUGGAAGAGAGGAAGAAAAUAGUUGCAUCGUCACAUGGUAAAAAAACAAAACCUAACACUAAGGAUCAUGGAUACACAACCCUGGCCACCAGCGUGACUCUGUUAAAAGCCUCAGAGGUAGAAGAGAUUCUGGACGGCAAUGACGAGAAGUACAAGGCCGUGUCCAUCAGCACGGAGCCCCCCACCUACCUCAGGGAACAGAAAGCAAAGAGGAACAGUCAGUGGGUGCCCACCCUGCCCAACAGCUCCCACCAUCUAGACGCUGUACCGUGCUCCACGACCAUCAACAGGAACCGCAUGGGCCGGGACAAGAAGAGAACCUUCCCUCUCUGCUUUGAUGACCAUGACCCAGCAGUGAUCCACGAGAAUGCGUCCCAGCCUGAGGUGCUGGUCCCCAUCCGGCUGGACAUGGAGAUUGAUGGGCAGAAGCUAAGGGAUGCCUUUACCUGGAAUAUGAAUGAGAAGCUGAUGACUCCUGAGAUGUUUUCAGAAAUCCUCUGUGAUGAUCUAGAUUUGAACCCACUGACGUUCGUGCCAGCUAUCGCCUCUGCCAUCAGACAGCAGAUUGAGUCCUAUCCCACGGACAGCAUCCUGGAGGACCAGUCAGACCAGCGUGUAAUCAUCAAGCUGAACAUCCAUGUGGGGAACAUCUCCCUGGUGGACCAGUUUGAGUGGGACAUGUCAGAGAAGGAGAACUCGCCCGAGAAGUUCGCCCUGAAGCUGUGCUCGGAACUGGGACUAGGCGGGGAGUUUGUCACCACCAUCGCCUACAGCAUUCGAGGACAGCUGAGUUGGCAUCAGAAGACCUACGCCUUCAGUGAGAACCCCCUGCCCACGGUGGAGAUUGCUAUCCGGAACACAGGGGAUGCUGACCAGUGGUGCCCGCUGCUGGAGACCCUGACGGAUGCCGAGAUGGAAAAGAAGAUCCGUGACCAGGACAGGAACACAAGGCGUAUGAGGCGUCUCGCCAACACUGCCCCAGCCUGGUAACCAGCCCAUCAGCGCUCGGCUCCCACACAGCGUUCAGAAGACCAACCUGCCUCUCCAUCUUCUGGCAAAGAGGGAGGCGAGGGGGCAGCCCAGGGCCAUCCUGAGGGGCAUGGGCAGGCGGGGAGGCCUUCCAGGUCGCCCUCCCCCAGCACAGUUUCCAUUUGCUGAGCCCUAGUCCCCACCCCCCAUCCCUGAUCAGGAAAAGGCUUCAUUUUGGUUUGUGUUUUGUUUUUGCAUAGGAGCCCCAGGAAGGGCUAGCAACACUUUUUAAAUAAAAGGCAACAGGUCGUGUUCCAUUUCUUCAAA